GGAAACGGAAGUGACGCGCGCAGUGUGGACAGAGCGGAGGAUGUCAGGCUGAUGUGAUCUGCCGCUCUGUAGAACGAUCACCGGACAGGAGCGCAGUGCGCAUGCUCGUCAGCCGGCAGACUACAUGAACAAGCAGGACAUGGCGGAGGAGGCUCUCUUCCUAUUGCUGCACAAUGAGAUCGUGUCCUGUGUGUACAAGGCGGGCGAGCAGGGCGAAGUGGAGAAUGGAAAAUGCAUCACCAAGUUGGAGAGCAUGGGUUUCCGCGUAGGGCAAGGAUUGAUAGAGAGGUUUACCAAAGACACCGCAAGGUUCAAAGAUGAAUUGGACAUCAUGAAGUUUGUCUGCAAAGACUUCUGGACUACAGUAUUCAAAAAGCAAAUUGAUAAUCUGCGGACCAAUCACCAGGGAAUCUAUGUUCUUCAGGACAACAAAUUCCGCCUUAUAACUCAAAUGUCUGCAGGAAAACAGUAUUUGGAACAUGCACCUAAGUAUUUGGCAUUUACUUGUGGAUUAAUCCGAGGAGGAUUAUCAAAUUUAGGAAUAAGAAGUAUUGUAACGGCCGAAGUCUCAGUAAUGCCAGCAUGUAAAUUCCAGGUGAUGAUUCAGAAAUUGUAGCACAAAGAUGAAUGUCAUUCAUGAAAAUGACUGUAAACAGAAUAUUAACCAUCAAGGAACUUAAACUUUGGUUAACAGACUCCGUGACCUUCUACUUCCCCUCCUGAGCUUGUGUCUUCUGACGCUACAUGGCUUGUCCUGCUGCAUGUGAAAGCCUUAGAUCCUUCUUGUGUGUCAUUGGAUAUUAUAAGGAUCGUAGUUGUUUUAUGAAAAUGUACACUACAAUGUCGGCACAAGUGAAUGGAGCUUUAAAAAAUAAGGAGACUCCACUUCAUGGAACCUCAAUGUGGACCACAAAUUGGAAUCAUCAAGUCUUGCCACCUGGUGAUGGGUAUAUUUAUUUUAUGUCUGGAUUUUAUUACAUUUUAUCAAACAAAUAUAUGUAUUCGUUUAAGCAUGCUCUCAAAUUUAGUGAUCCUUUUAAAAAGGUGCAGUAACCCAUUCCAACCAAUUGGAAAAAGAUCUUCCAGUAAAGUGGAACACAAGUUAAUUUUAUCCCCCCAUGCCUUCCACUUUUUUUUAAAAUAGCCUUGUGUAUAUAAAAUCUCCUCCAGCAGUGACAGUUCUCCCUCCUGGACUAAGCAGUGUCCAUGUAAUGACGCAUGCGUGAUGUUUAGUCCAGGAUUACUGACUGCCAUUCAACCUGGAAGAGGUCCAGCUCCUGAUAAAAAAUAGGAGAAGAGGGUGGGUUGCCCUUUUAGACCUUUUUUAAGAAGAUAAAUGUGGAAUUACUUUUUAGGCUACCCCAUGUAAGAUUCAAUUCUUCUUUUUUUUUUUUUUUUUAUAUAUAUAUAUAGAUUGAUGUACACCAUACAUUUGUGUACUCUUGGGCCCCUUUCACACGGGUGGCCCGAUCGUUUCAUAAAGGGCAAUGGAUGGUCUGAUGGGGUCCGCCAAAAAAACCUGACGUAUUUUGACCAACAUUUUAUACAAUUUUGCCUGUAUUUUAUUUGUUUUGUUUACAAAAUAAGCCAAAUAUUAUACACCCUUAUAAUAAUGAAGUAGGAAAAUCAUGUUAAAUUGUUAACUCCAUUAAAUGGAUAUUAAAGUCACUGGUUAAUCCAAGUGUUAUACAUACCCUCAGUGGCUUAUGAUCAACACAGCUUAACCCCACAAAUGUUCACGUCAUAAGACCCUUAAAUAAUCUUUAGCUACAUGGUAUUUAAACACUUCUGCAAUGCAGCCACAAAUGUGUCCCAGGACCGCACAUGAUUAAGCCCUUAAUGAGUGAAACAUGUUAGAGGUGCUUUCCUGAUGGGUAGAGAGUUGGCUUAAGCCAUUUUAUGAUCAUUUGUUUUGUGAUUCACUAUAUUGGGUGUGCUAUCCUGGAAAACAUUUGUGGGUAUAUAGUAAGGCUUGACGUACUCUUACUAGUGACCCAGCAGUAGUGUUUGAGAGGGCCCAUAUAUCUGACAGGAGCAUGUGAGUGGUGCUAUUUUUCAUUAACUUCUGCAAUGUAAUCAUUGUAGAUACAAAAGAUCUAACACUAAGUGUUUGCUAACACACACAAAAAAAAGCAACCAUUCUCCCACAUUUUGUUUGCAGCACAGAAUGGGGAAAUAGAGAAUCUGAAUGGUUGCUUUUGAAGCAAAAAAUAUUAAUCUUUCGGAUACUUUUUGCAUGAGGAUGAUAGAUGCUAGUGAAUUAAAAAAGUUGUUCUGUACAUACUGCUGCAGACACUUUCCUUGUGCCUGCAAAAAUCCUCUGUUGGGUUCAGUGAGCGCUGCUAAUUGGUCCCAUUACAAUUAUUUUGCACGUUUUUUUUUUUUUUUUUUU